GAUCUCAAAGUGCGAAUCCCCAUUUGCUGUGGCAAAGAAAGGUUAGUGGGUCCUCGACCUGCAGCAGAGUACCUCAGUGAGAAUCCCACUCGCCUUGUCGCCUUCCCAUCCAUCCAUAUGCGCCUUCUGCCCAGCCUGAAGCCACAUGAUUGCCUCGAACCGGAAGAGGUAUUCUUCUGCGGAACCUGCAACAAAGUCUAUGCAGCGCCUGUCCUUGAGGCCUUUCAAAAGCGUGUCUACGAGCUCGAGGAAAAGUACGCAGGUUCGUGCAUUCCGAUCCUUACACUCUUCUAA